UUCACCAACCCGCUCAAAGGCUACGAAAACGUGACUGUGCAAUGCCAGAACUGCGGUAACAUCAGCGCGCAUCCCUACAGCCGAUGGGAAUGGUUCACCUUCUGCUUCGUUCCGAUCAUCCCCUUCUCGCUGAAGCCGUGGAAGGAGAUUGGCUGCCACAUUUGCAACUUUUACCAGGACAUCAAGUAUCGGCCGGACGUGAUGAAUGGGCAUGGCGUGGCGGGGGCC